CAGGGGGCCGCGGGGGAGUGGCAGGUCCCCAGACGCCCUGGAGGGGGCGCCCUUCGAGAUGUGGCCCCUGGCUGCGCCCCGAGAAAGGCGCGGGGACCGCAGGGCAGCUCCGUAGGGAGCGGAGGGCGGGUGGGGUGACACGGCCGGGCAGGGUGACCUGGGCGGCCCGGCCCCGCCUCCGGGAACGAGGUGACGGCCGCAGGACCCGGGACACCGAGGGGUUAACGCACCUGGGCCGCCCCUCCCCGCCCCCCGAAGGGGAGAGUCAAGACGGGGGCGUCGCCGCCUCGCCCCGCCCGUCCGGUCCCCGCCCGCUAUCCCCGCCGCGGCCACCAGAGCUGCGACCCGCGCCGCUCCGCCGCCCCGGCCCGGGCCGCCAUGUCGCAGCAGUGGAAGAGGACCGUCUACAAGAGUGUCUGCCUGUCCCUGGCCCUACUUGUGGCUGUCACUGUCUUCCAGCACAGUGACACCCCCAACCAGUUCCUGCACCGGCCCCCCUCGCCCACCUUGGGGCUGCAGAAACCUCCCGGCAACCCACUGAAGCCUGUGGGCUUCUGGAAGACUCCCCAGGAUGUGGUCCCCCCUACAGCCGAGGCUUCCAGGGGGCCCCAGGUCUGGGACGUGACCACUACCAACUGCUCGGCCAAUACCAACCUGAGCCACCAAGCCUGGUUCCAGGGCCUGGAGCCCCACUUCCAGCAGUUCCUGCUCUACCGCCACUGCCGCUACUUCCCGCUGCUGCUGAACCACCCGGAGAAGUGCCACGGUGAGGUCUACCUGCUGGUGGCCGUCAAGUCAGUGGUGACUCAGCAUGACCGACGCGAGGCCAUCCGCCAGACUUGGGGGCGUGAGUGGGCGUCAGCGGGCAGGGGUCGGGGCGCCGUGCGCACCCUCUUCCUCCUGGGUUCCCCCUCCAAGCAGGAGGAGCGGGCCCACUACCAGCAGCUGCUGGCCUACGAGGACCGGCUGUACGGCGACAUCCUGCAGUGGGACUUCCUCGACAGCUUCUUCAACCUGACGCUCAAGGAGGUCCAUUUCCUCAAGUGGCUGGACACUUACUGCCCCGACGUGCACUUUGUCUUCAAAGGCGAUGACGACGUCUUUGUCAACCCUGCCAACCUGCUGGAGUUCCUGGCCGACCGGCGGCCGCAGGAGGACCUGUUCGUGGGUGACAUCCUGCGGCAUGCCCGGCCCAUCCGUCGGAGGGACAACAAGUACUACAUCCCGGGGAGUCUGUACAGCAAGGCCAGCUAUCCCCCCUACGCGGGCGGCGGCGGCUUCCUCAUGGCGGGCGGACUGGCCCGCCGUCUGCACCACGCCUGUGACACGCUGGAGCUCUACCCCAUCGACGACGUGUUCCUGGGCAUGUGCCUGGAGGUGCUGGGCGUGCAGCCCACAGCCCACGAGGGCUUCAAGACCUUUGGCAUCUCCCGCAACCGUGCCAGCCGCCUCAACAAGGAGCCCUGCUUCUUCCGCUCCAUGCUGGUGGUGCACAAGUUGCUGCCCCCCGAGCUGCUGGCCAUGUGGGGGCUGGUACACGGCAACCUCACCUGUGCCCGCCAGCUGCGCGUGCUGUGACCCACUUGGUGGCAGGGGCCCCCACAUGCCACCCGCAGGCAGGUGGAAGCUAGGGGCUCCUUGACGUGGAGAGGGGUGCUGGUCACAUUCCAGAAAGGGAAAGCUGAGACUGGGGGCAUUUGUAGCUGCCCAGAUCAGAGUCCCAGAGUCAGGGGAGAGGUGGGAAGGAGGCCGGGCACCCCCAGACCCCAGACCCUGUGGGAGGCCGACAGCCCUUGCAGGAACCUUGGGCUCUGACAGCUGGCGCUGGAUGGCUCUGGUCUUCACAAGAGAAGGGGAGACUCUUUGUCUCAUGAAAUCCCACCUCAGUCUCCCUGGGGGCCCUAGUGGAGCUUCCAGAAGGAGCUCCAGCCACCCUGUGCAGGCUCACAGGCUCCCCCAAACUCCUACAAUCCACACCCCUGGGCCUCCUGCACACACAACCUCAGAAGCCCUCCCUGCAGCCGGCACAGCCCCAGAGUCACCCUCGGCCCCCAGGUGGCAACUUGUGGGCUCCACCUGGGUCCUUUCUGGAAGCCUGACUGGCCACUGACUACCUCAGCACUCCUCAGGAGCUCUGGAGAGGCCGAACACCCUCCCACCCCACCCCUACCCUGACGCAGGGCCACAGAGCAGUGCUCCAGCCCCAGUCAUGGUGCUCCCCGCUGGAAACCAGCCCCUGGAGCGAACGGUCCUCUGUUACUGUGAAGUUUUAUUUAUGAGGGGUGGGAGGGAGUGGAGUGGGCCUGAGGCCUGGGUACAUGGCAUCCUCCCUUCCCCCUUCCACCAACACCCCCCGGCACCCCUGUGCUCACCUGCCCCUCCAGAACCCUGUACCCCACUCCCCCAGGACCUAUGCAGACCUGUAGAGAGAGGGAGAGAGACCAGGAGUACUGGUGUGGUGGUGGGGUUCAGGGGCAAUGGGGUGGUGGUGACCCACCUCAGUGUACCCCAGGGUGCCAUCACCUGGCAGGGAGACAUGAGGGGCUCACUCCCACCCCCAAUAAACAGGGCCUGGAUUUUC